CUGAUAUCAACACGGUCACCAUGAGACGCCUAGAGAACAGAGAGAUCAACGACCUGCAUGCCCAGGCAGAGCGAGGUGGCCUCGGACAGGCCACUGCCCUCGUCGAUUGUGUCGCCGAAGGCCCCGACCAGCUCAUGUUCAUGGAAGGCGACACGCUUGUCGUUCUGCGCGACCUCGGAGACGAGCUCCUAGCCUUCUGCGAAGGCGAAGUCGGCUGGGUCAAGCGCGAGAACAUUUCGUUCGACAACCUCGCCUCGACAUCCAGCGCUCCCAGCUCGCCCAAGUCGUCCACAUGUCUCGCGACCCCGAGCGACCUCUCGGCAACGUCCGGCCUCGUGCCCCAGAGCUUGCUGCUCGAGGACCACGACUUUGCGCAUGGGACGACGCUGCCGCUGGUUCCCAAGGCCAAGCCUCCGACCGCGGGGGACGCGUCAGAGUCGCCAAAACUAGACUCGUCCACCGACCACCCCAUUCCACCUCCCGCGCCUCUGUUAGAUCAGGCGGCGGCGCCAACGCUUCCUACGCCAAAUGCUUCUAGCCAGGAACAGGCCCCUCCGUCUUCCGACGCACAGAACUCGUCGGACCACCACUCCAGAACGGCAUCUGAUGCAUCGAGCGCUACUGGCAGCUCGGUCUCCUAUAUCGGUCCACUUGUGAUCGGCGGUCUUGGACCAAGACUGCAGCACGCCCAGGACGACUCUGACAAUAUCGAUGAUGACCCCUCGACUCAUACCUUCGGACGCUUCACAGGUCUGGGUGCCUUCUCGGCCCAGUCCCCCUUCCGAACCGGAGCCAACGCGCCGGUGCAGACGGUUGCAGGUCGUAUCGGCGUGUCGACCAUCUCCCCAGCUCAGCGCCAAUCCAUGACGGUCGAGCAGUCGCGUCUCAGCCAGCUGCGUUUCAGCGACCUCCACGUGGACGGCAGUGUAUUGCAGGGAGUUCUCCAGGAAGACGAAGAAGCGGAGGAGCAGCUCCAGGAUCCCUUACCGGGUCGUGCGCGCUCCAAACCAGAAGCCUUAAAUCUGCGAAUGGGGCUCCCUGCAACCAUUGCCGAGGACGCCGAGACUCCACGAGCGACUGAAUCACCCAAGCCGCCCCCGCCUCAGGCUCUGCUUCCCACCGAUCUGCCAGCCGUAUCUGCUGUUGAAGAUGCUGGCACCCUGACCACCCCAACCUCGGCGACCAAGGACUUCUUGUCGCUGCCGGCCUUCCCCGAACCUCACCUUACUCCGAGGCCUCUGCAAGCCGAACCACAGCGGGCCCAGGUGGACCCCAGCGUCACCGGACUCCCUGUUUCCGACUCUCCAAAGAGCGCCACCGCAUUCUCUUUCCGCUUAGCAUAUGACGACCCCGACACAGACAGCGAAAGUGCCACCAACAUUGCUCCUCCAUUGAUCAAGGCGACAUCACCACUGGCCGCUGACCCGGGGGCGUCGCUGCUUACCCCGCUCCAGAUCCCUGAUCAGCCUCUGCAUCCUGGCCUGACACCAUCGCCAUCGAUCGUGGACAGCUCGUCUUCGUUACAAACUGGAUCGCCUGAUUCGCGCGUAGACGCAGCCACUCAGCAGUUCUAUGGCCUUGGCUAUGCGCCACACGUCGCCAGUGGACCCGUUGCGUCCUCACCAAUCAGUGAAGCAUCCGACAGGUCACUUGACGCCUCGAGGUCUCCCCAACGCAACGGCGAAGCAGGUGCCCGCAGACGUGGCAUGAUUGUCGGAGGUCCCGGAGCUCAGAGGCCACCAUUCGGAGGCCCUCUGCCUCAGCCUUCGUUCGGUCCCAGUUUACAACACCAACCCCACACAGCUUUCAAUGGUAUCGCUCCGGGAGACAUGAUUCCUACUCAGAGCCGGUGGUCUCCAUCCACGGAGACACCUCGUCGGGGAACAGUGCCCAACUCGAAGGGCUUGCCCCCAAGCCACCCGGCUCAGCGGUUUGCAACAACUGGCGAGGUCUUCCCGACUGCUUCUUCCUCUAAUGGUCAUGGCUCACCGACCUCCAACCCGCCAAAGCCCUACGGUGGACAGUAUCUCCCCACACGGCAGGCCUCGUUGACCAUGUCGUCCAACUCUCAUUCCUCGCACCAAUCACAUUCUGGGGGUUCACACCUGUCUGCUGCGCAACAGUACGCCAACUCUCAGUUAUCCGCUGCUCAGCAGUUUGCCAAAAUGGCGCGCAACGCUUCAAACUCCAAGUCGCCCAGCCCCCCACCGGGGGUCCCUUCAAGGAGUCCGCUGUCUGCUGGAUCUACAGACAGCCACGAGGCGACUGCACCUUUCGCGGGAGCUCCCCGUGCCAGGUCGCGGUCCUUCUCCUCUACGAUCUCCAAAGCUGUUCAGAGGCACGGUAGCGGCGGAGGCAGUAGCGGUCAGACAGUCCGCAAGGCCAGCAUGCCUGUGCCUUCCCUCACGGGACAGCUGGAUCCGCGCCAACCUCUCAAUCGAAGCAACUACCAGACGAACGCACCGCCGCCGCACUUCCAAGCCAUGCCGCCGUCUGCCUACCUUCAGCAGCAGGCCCCCUGGCAGAACGACCUGAAUCGGCACGCCGCCGACAAGUCGCAUCAUGCAGCCAAAGAGUCCCAGUCUGACCACGGAUCUGUUCAAUCGGUGCACCACGUGCCGCUGGGCAAACAUGGCGAGCCAGUCAUGCCGCACUUCGCCAGGGGCCACAGCCACAGCAGCAGCACAGCGUCGUCGCCUCCUCGCCAAGGCAGGGCCCCGCUCCACCCACCAGUCUCGUACCGUGACUUUGCGGACCCGACUGUCAGCGCCGACGGCAUCGAGUUUGAGAUUAUUCAGCCCCGCAAGCCAUCUAAUGGUCCACCUGCGAUCAGGUUGUCACUCGAGUCAGCUGGCCUGGGCAUCCUUAGUGGAUCUGAACGAGAGUCGCUGGACAGCGGAAAUCACGCACAGUCGAUGGAGACGGACGAGUGGGGUUUCUUGAAGCGCUCCACGCCUACGCCUGCCAUCUUCCAGUCGCGUGUGCCUCCCGCAGAAGUACGGGCGGCCGAACAGAAAUGGCUGGACAUCAUCACCAAGCCCCUUCAUCACGGACAGCAAGCCCCCAAGAAGGUUCGCCGCAUGGUCAUCGAGCAGGGGAUCCCGGCCAGUCUCCGUGGCAAGGUUUGGGGUUGGCUCAUGUCCAAUGGCCAGUCGGGCCGCGUCAACUUCCUAUUCCAGACGCUCCUCACCGACGAAACGACGGCUUUCGACGAGCAAAUUUCCAAAGACGUCUCUCAGGUGUACAAGGACCACUCUGCAUUCGUUGGUCCGAAAUCGACCGGCCAGCAAGAUCUGCGUACACUUCUCCGGGCGUUUAUGAACUUUGCCCCAGACGGAUACCGCACCGAAAUCGCGCAGAUUGGAGGCGCCCUGCUCAUCCACGCCGUAGUUGAGGAUGCCUUCUGGCUCCUGGCUGGACUGUUCAACGGUGUCCUCAAGACGUACUACGUCAAGGACCGCGGGGCUUUUAGCGUCGACCUGCAUGUGUUUGCUGGUAUCUUGCAAGGCAGCGAGCCCAAGAUUGCCAAGUUGUUCCGUGAUCUGGGGAUUGCGCCACACCAUUACCUGGAGCAGUGGUGGACGGCACUGUUCAUCCGAUCUCUCCCGUGGCCGACUGUCUUGCGCUUCCUUGACGCUGUCAUUUCUGAAGGCCCGCGAUACAUCCUCAUUGGAUCGCUCUCGGUCCUCACAUUGUCGCGCGAGCGACUAUUGGCCUUGCCGAAGACGCCCCAGGUGGUGUUGGGCUACCUGCGCAACCUGCCCCAGGACAGCCUGCUACUUCCCGAUACGUUUAUGCGGGCCUGCGAAGAAGUCAAGCUGCGUGAUGACGAUCUCAAGAAGCUUCGUGCCAGUGUCAAGGAGCAGUUGAUGCUCUCCGGUGGUGGGCAUGGAGGCGUUUGAGCGGUUUGUUUACACUUUGUGGGUGGAGCCCCGAUUCGGCUUCCCGUGAUAUCUGUCCACGGCCAGGCGGCGCAGUCCGCCCUCCC